AUGCUCGCAAUGGACUGCAACUUCAGAGCCAGAAAUCGAGACAACAAGUCCAAAGAUGAGACAAGCCCGAUGUUGGGCGACGGUAUGGCUUACAUGGUCCCCGAAGAGGACUACCAGGCGUUCACCAAGAACAAUCAGCAUGAUCAGGAGAUGAGCACCUGCUCAAAGUUUGGCGCCAUGAUCUUGGCAAACCUGAAGAAGGGAAGAGGAUAUCGCACAACGGGUGUGGGUGGCGUAUUCUGCUCACGCCACGGUUUCUGGUGGCCGAACUCCGUCGGUACCCUCGUGAAAGGCGAGCGGUACUGCACGAUUGAUUUCAUCCUGGCAUCCGUCGCGCGAAGGCUACGUAGCGAGAAGCUACAUCUAUCGUACGAUAUCAUAUGCCAGUAUGCGCGCAAUCUCGAAGCGUGUCUGCGCGACGUCAAGCCGGACUCAUUCAUCUACGAGGGAGCUCAGAAGCUUCUCAACGAAGUUCAUAAGGUGUAUGCGGUUCCGAAGUUCCACAAUCCUGGGCACAAGGAACUGUGCCAGCAGUGGUUCAACCUAGCAUUCCAGCUGUUCUGCGGUCAGACUGACGGGGAGGCAUCUGAGCGCGCAUGGGCCGGAUUGAACCCGGCGACGACGAGCAUGAGAGAGAUGGGCGCUGGGACGAUGCGCGACACCAUCGACUUCUACUGUGGGAUGUGGAACUGGCGGAAGACGAUCGGACUAGGCCCUUUCCUCUUCAAGAAGUUGGAGAUCGCCCUGGCGGAAGCGCAGGACCACUGCGAGAUCUAUACCGGUCUACGCGAAGUGCUCGCAGAUGAGGACGCGGGGACGCUACAAUCUUGGAUGGCUUCGGUGAUAGCAUGGGAGAAUCGUGACGAGGAAGGCAGGUAUGACGGCAAGGAAGCGCCGAAUCCAUACAAACCCAAAACAAAGCCCAUCACUCUUCAUCAAGCUCGCUUGCGCAGCGCGCAGGCCAUGAAGACUGCUCUGCAGAAUGUCGGGACGGCGGCGGCAAGCCAAGCCUCGGAGAUCCAUACGGCCACGCUAGACAUCACGAACUUUAUCUUGUUAGGGUUCAAGAUAGAACUGAUGAAAUUCCGUGUCACAGCCGAGCGCAACAGCAACACCGUUCUACAGAAGGCUGAGAGAACGGAGCGCAAGAAUGAACUGUUGCGCCACAUUGCGAUGUUCCGCAAGCAGCAGCAGUGGAUUAUGCCGCUGGUGUCCGCCGGCCUGCAAGAGUUACAGGGCAAGGAUGUCGACGGGACUGGAAGAGAGGCGGAGGACUACGACGACGGCGAUGAACUCAUCGCUUCAGCAGACGCUAACGAUCCCGUGCUGGAGGCCACGGAGAUGAACCUAUUCUUACCGUCGGAGUUGCCCGCUCAACUCGCCGUACAGCACAAUCACGAUGUCCUGAUGGAGGAGAUCUGUCUGCGCUGGGGAGGCCUGUCAGACGCUGUGGUCAUGAUACGGCAGAACCUGCAGAUAAAAGGAGUUGUCCAUCGGUUUAGGAAGGGCAAUACGCGAGGCCAGCGGCCAAAUACACGCGUGCGAGGGAAGCAAGCGGUGAUUGAGGCGAACUUGGCCAUCGCAAAGGCUGCGUAUCGCUUGCAUCGCGAGCGUUUCGCUGCCCUGGCGAACAUGCUCACUGCCGAAGAGCGCGCGCGGCAUAUUCCGUCGGACUGGGAGUCGAGGUUUCAAGUGCUGGAGGAGUUGGACUGUGUGGCUAUAGGUUCGAAGGUCUUGAUACAGAUUGAGGAGGCGGACAUAGCGCACGCGCGCGCGCUGAUUGCAGCGCGAAAGGGAGACACGUCUGUGACCGGACAGACACACAGGAAAGUGUCGUGGCUGUGGUACACAAGUCUCGAUGGCGCUACGUUGGAACUCAAUGACGAUAUGCGCGUAGAGUUCUUGCGAUGCCGUGCAAGAGCGAUGCGGUGGGUGGAGGAAAUCUACCAUCUCUGCUACGAGAUGGUCAGGACACCAGAGUUCACUAUGAACAAGGCGGAGUGGUGGGCUCGAAAGGCGACAUUGGAGAUGCCGGGCGUGGACGGCUUUGUUCGGGAUGGUAUGCGAGCAUACGCGAGAAAGCAAAGCACUAUGUUUAUGCGCCAGUCGGACUCACUCAAGGAGAAAUUCGCUGAGCCUCUGACGGAGGCGGCGCAGUUCAUCAAGACUCACGGACUCGACGGCCUCAUUCAUGUAUCGUAA